GCCAUUUUGAAAAUUCGAAAGGCGUGGUUCCGCAGAAAUUGCUGACCAUUAAACGCCUAAAUAUGGAAACUGCGAACAUGGACGAAUCUGUGGUUUCUUAUGAUCAAGGAAUCGGAAUUCUUGGAUCUAGUGUUUUAUUACCGAUGGAUAUUCACGUUAACAAGUACAAUGCGGAUAAGAGAUUGCAAGAAGUACUUGAGCGAUUUAACGAAACUUACUUGGAAGCCAUGGAUUUCUUAACACAAAUUUUACCUCUGGCUCGAGAACAAUUUGGCAGAUCCGAUAACCUUUUGUUGCCAAAAACUCCAUCCAAGAAACGACGUCAACGUAAGUUUGCCCGAGGCUCGAUUGGCAAAGAAAACACAAACCCCGUCGUCCACGGUGUCCCAGACGAGCCUCCCCCUGUCAAGCGGGUAACGCGAAGCUCAACAAGGCGGAAUAAUAACGACUCACAAAUCCAGGAGGUACCGUUAAAAACACGGAACACCAGGGGGCAAAAGAAGAAAUCUUCUGAGGUGGCAAAAGCUGUGGAAUCUACAGUCACUUUUGUCGAUGACAGUAAACUGAGUAAAGUAAAAAUAUCCGAUGAGGUUGUCGAACUUUCGGCAGAAAAUAUUGGAAAAGAAACAAUAUCGUCCAGCAAUACUUUAAAACGAGUCUCGUCAACAAGCCCGGAUUCAAUCAAGCCGAUGAAAAAGAAAUCUAAGUCUAGCGACGAGUACUUGGCUGACGUGGAAAACUUUUCAUCUGAUGAAAAAACCUCAACUCCCGUUAGUACCCAGCCCCCGCAAGCACUCGAAAAGCCAUACGUGAGUGCAAUUGUCGUCGAGUCAGAGACUGAGGAACAAUCCAACACGAAAGAGGUCUUUAGCGUGCCUGAAGAAAACAACCCGAAACAGCUUACAUCCGAAGGAGAAGGUAUGAAUCAAGUCGAAAACCUGGAUGUGGGAACCAGUGAAAACAAUGUCAAUCUUCUUGUCGAAAUUGAUAAUAGUAGCAGUUGUAACAAGCUUGGAGGAGCUAGCAUGGUCUAUCUCGCGAACAAACUCGACCCCCGCACACCACCCCCACCUAAAGUGUGUAUUAAACCCGAGAUAGGAACUUUGGUGAAUUUCGAUGAGACUGUUGACAAAACCAAAUACGAUGCUGAAACAACUUCUCCUGUUGUAAAAGAGACGCCGGAGAAGAUUGGUGACGAGAUGGUUAACGAACAUGUGCCAAAUUCACCAAUGAUUGUCGAUUCCUCUUCCACGGAGGAGGAAGGUUUGGUUGGAGAUACGGAAAAUGCAAUUCAAGAUAGUCAGUUAUUUACUCCAGUUGAGGUAAAGACCUUACGCCGUAGCAAGAGGCUAUCAAAACAAAUUUCAAAUGAACAAACAUGUGAAACAUUACCAAUACACAUCAAGAAGGAACCACGUAGUCUCUCAAACGAUCUUCAACACGUCGUCGUUGAAGAGUCAUCAGAUUCCCAGGAAGAGGUCGUGAUGUUCAAACCAGCCGAAAGCAAACCGUUAAGGCGUAGUACCAGGCUAUCCCGGCGGGUCAGCCGCGUAUCUACUGGACUGCACAACAGGCGAUCCAGCCGGAGAUCAGGUCGUAAUUCUGCGUACUUUAAAAAGCCUUUGCCGCAAAAACAGAUUGAGGUUCGUAUUGAUGAUAUUGGGGUUGAACAGAUCAAGGCUGGUGUUAUAGCAGUGUCAUCAAAUAGCGAGGAAUCAUCGACGGAAUCGGAUAACGAAAAUCAGAAGGUGUCGGAUAGCUCAGUUUUUUCAUCCACAACUACCCCGCAGCGAAGUUUUAAGACAGACUCACCCAGUGCCGAAGUGAUCAUCAAACCAUCGGAAAAGAAAGUGGCUGGAAUGGUCAAAAAAAUUAAUAGCAAAGCCCAGAAGAACGAGCAGUCAAGUAUGUGUAAAACACCAACUGCAAUGCGAAAAGUUAAAAGACUUGGGUCCGCUGUGCCUGGUUCUUCCAAUAAGCUUUCAAAUCUGGUUGGUGGGAAUGUUAGAUCUUUCAUUACACGACAGUCAAGUGUUAAAAGACUUGAUCCCAAUGAGGUUGUACGUAAAAAGAAACUGGAGUUACAGCGUAAGGAAGAGAAGGAAAGGGAAAGGAAAGAUCAAGUGGAGUUAAGGCGGAAGAAUUGGGCAGAAGAGCAGAAACGAAAGCGCCAAGAAAAGGAGAAACGUGUCGCAGAGGCAAAGGCAGCGAGAGAACGCGAAGAACAAGAUAAGAAACAACGACAGCUUGAAGAAAGAAAACAAAUGGCUCAUGCUUUGGAACAGGCCAGGAAGAAGCGAGAGCAUGAGGAAGAAACGAAGAGGCGAUUACGCGAACAACGCACUCGUGAGGCAGAGUCGAGAAGAUUCAAGGAGAAAGAAGAUAGAAUGAAACGUCUUCAGGAAAAAGAAAACGAGGAGAAUAUGUAUCGAGAAAUGUUAAAACGAAAACAGGAGCAGGAGGAACAAGAGCGUAAACAAAGAAUACAGGAGGAGAAACGUCUUAACGAGCAGAAACAACGCGAGCGCGCCCGUGAAAAGGAAGAAGAGAGGGAGCGAAAGAUUCGGGAGAUCAAAGAAAGAGAAGCGAAAAGAAUUGAAAAAGAAGAACUUGAAAAGAAACAGAUUGAGGAGAUGGAAAGAAAGGAAAAAGAAGAUAAGGAAAGAAAACAAAGGGAACAAGAGGAACGCGAAAAGAAACGCAUUGCUCAGUUGAUAAAGGACAAGAUGGAGCAAGAAAAGAAAUCUCACGAAGAAAAGCAGAAGAAGGAAGAAAAAGAAAGGCGAGAACGCGAAGAGCAGAGAAAACGGGAGGCAAAUCGUUUGGCAAUGCUUCAAGCAGCAAAGAACCCUGACUCCUACCUCAUGACACCGCCACCAGCCCAGACGAGAAAACCUCCUACGAGCGAAAACUAUGAUAUAAGUGAUAUACGCAGUGACGAGUCGACCGACGACGAAGAUGCCCCGCGGAAAAAGGUCCCGUACUGGGCUCAGGGACACGCUUUGAAAGCUGUCCUAUUACAGCAAGACGAGCCACGUCGCAUUUUUGAGGAACUCGCUUCCGGGUUCGUGCCGCACGCACCGGACCUCGAGAAAAUAUUCACUAAAAAACGAAAGCGUUUCUAUCAGCGUACAAGUUCGGCCCACUGGAGCUCGCCACCUAUCAAGAUUUAAAAGGUUUUGUAGGCCAAAUGUUUGAGGUUUCUGCGUGGAACUGUGAGAGCGAAUUUACAAAAUACGAUUAGUCUUGUGCGGUCCUAACUCCGAUGUCAUUAGUCGUCGGUACAAACGUCAAAUUUCGUGAUCUGGCAUCGUGUAAAUGGGCCUUUGUACAUAAAUGAACCUCCUGUAAAUAUUUUAAACAUCCCGCUCAGAACAGUUCCGCGGCAAAUCAAAAGUGCACAUAACGGCCGAUCUACACGAUGCGAUUUGUCGUAUACAAUUCACAUACUGGCGCAUGUAUUCGAAUAAAUGCGUUUAUAUAUGUCACAUUUUAAACUUCGUUAUAAACUAAUGAAAAGAAAGAGUGGCGUCAGCAAUCUUUUUCAUGCGUCAGGAUAAGAGUGGUAUUUGACUACUCGCAUCGUGUAGAUCUGCCUUAACAUUGCAAGCUGCAAGAAGGCUUGUGAUUAACCUGCAAUCAGGCUGUAAUUGCCUGCAAUCAGACUGUAAUUCUCGGAAUAACUUAUAGAGAACCAGCCAUUAUAGAAUGUUUUUAUUAAUGGAAUAUCAACUUUAUCAACAUAUAGUCUGAAGAUAUUAAACGAAACGUUAUUGGUGGUGCCGGGGCUGGUUGCUCUUUUGAUGGGUAACGCAAAUUAUCAAAUCUUUCAUCGCAUUGUUUUUAUUCGUGUUUGUCUAAUAAUUGUUGUUCCUCGGGUUUUUCUUAAAAAUAGUCGAACUUCGAAUUUUUAUUCUAUUUAAGUAGAAUAUUUCAAUGUAAACUGUAAAUAUAUUCAAUAUAAUCUCUCAAGUC